CCCAGUGGAUUUAUUAAAGACUGAUAUUCCAUAUAUUUGGAUUAUACAUACUGGUUCCCUCUACACGCUGUUGCAAGGAACAUGGCAGAAGCAGGGUCUAUGAGGUUUGGAAAUAGUUUACAGCCUAGCACAUCAGAUAUACAUGUAGAUGAAGAGCUUGUGAAAACUGUUCAAAAGCAAUUUUCUGGAAAUAUACUGAGAACAAAAGAAGAGGGAAAGACAUUGAAAGAUGACGUCUUACUGGAGAUAGAGAAAGCAGACAAUCUUGACAAGUCGGAAGAAUUCUCUGAAUCAGACAAUGAGCUAUGUGGCGACAUUCUUCAAAUCAGAGAUGACUUCGAUUUGAUUGAGACAAUUAAUAAUGACAUGGUAACAUUCAAUGAGACUGAAAAUAAACUUCCAAGGUUAAAGACACCAGAAGGCAUUGAACUCACCCCUAUUCCAGUGUCAAAGACUCUUGAAGAAUUCAUUGGCGAGUCAGAUGUUGGUGUUAUAUGGAAAGAAAACUUACAAUCGGAUAAUGGUUCAAACCAAAAACCUUAUAUUCCUACUGAUGAUAUUGCCUUUCCCGACAAAAAAGCUGAAAACAAAAACAACUGUUUAACAGAAGUGGAGGGCCAAAUCAAUGAAGAAGAAAGAAUGGAACUUGAUGACAGUUUAAAGGCUGUUGGUGAAAGCAAGACUUCUUUAGAACCUGUCAUUGUUUCAGUUGCUAAAAGCAACUCUAUGUCAAAGCAAAAUAAUGUUUGCCUAAGUAAUGAUUUGUUUGGUAAUGCCAAUGAUUUGUUUGGUAUAGGCAAUGCUCUUGUUGAUAAUUCCGAUGCAUUGACUAAUAAUGGUAUUGUUUCUGUUGGUAAUGCUUCUGGAAAUGGCAAUGCCACGGUUGGUAUACAACCAAAUGAUCGGUCAAAUACUCUGCCAAGUCUAUAUCCUUAUAAGUCAAUCCCCCAGAAGCCACCAGAUCAUACACAAUAUACAAUAAGCCCUGAACUGAAGAAUAUUUUGCAGUCAAAUUUGCGGUUCAAAUCUGAACAAACAAGAAGGGCCUUACAGGGUGAGAGGCAGGGUGAAGGUGGCGUUAAUGAGAGAUUUCACCCAUACAAACGGCAAAGUGACAAAUCUAAAAAAUUUCAAACAUCCCUUCCCAUACUUCCGGAGUUUGAAUAGUAUUUGGUGGCCCUUUUUGAGUUUAUUUGAUAGUGUAAGAUCCUAUGCACCAAUGAAUGAAUCUUUGUCAAACUUGGCAUUAAGCAUGUUUUGGUGUACCUUAUAUUUUUUAGGUUUUUUUUUUAAAUGGGCGACAAAAAUGAAAAAAGAAAAAAAGAAAGAUAAACUUUGUCCAUAUCUCCUCUUGAAUUUGUGGAAUGAUUUUCACCAAACUUGAUAUUAAUUUAAUAUUGUGGCAUGGUUAUUUCCUAAGUUUAUUAACAGACCUUAAUAAUUUCUAAAAUGACUUAAUAGCAGAUUAAACGAUAUCACUUUCAAAAAAGAAAAACUUUUGAAAUUUUAGAUUUAUCAUCAGCAAGGUUUGUUAAUUAUAUGAUUUGAUGUUCCCUAUUUUUCAAGAAUUAACUGUACACAUGAUUUGGUCAAGACCUUGUUAUAUAACCCGAAUUAGAUGCAAAAAGAAAGUUAUUUCUUGCAUGUAUUCUUAAUGUAUGCAGUAUAGAUAGUUCCAGAUUUUUACAAUAUUUACCUCCCUUGCCAAAAGUGGCAACCAUUUUUGGGGUCAAUAUUCAAGUUUUCUUGCAUAUAUUCUGAAUGUAUGAUGUAAAAUGAGCUAUUGCCAUCAUAUUUCUAUAGAAGACCAAUCAACUACAAAAAUUAGAUUGCCAUUAGAAAGGAUAGAUAAAUAUAUAAAAAGAGGAGAAAAAGCAUUAAUUUACACUAAAGACAAUACAGUUUACAAGAUAAUUAGGUAAAAGAAUCUAGAUAAAGAGGUAUAGAAUGAGUGUAGGUUGAAUACCGAAUUUAUUGAAGGAGUUAAAUAAAAAUAUAUUAUGCAAGCAUAAUAAUAUUUUAUUCAUGGAUCAACUACAAAAAUUAGAUUGCCAUUAGAAAGGAUAGAUAAAUAUAUAAAAAGAGGAGAAAAAGCAUUAAUUUACACUAAAGACAAUACAGUUUACAAGAUAAUUAGGUAAAAGAAUCUAGAUAAAGAGGUAUAGAAUGAGUGUAGGUUGAAUACCGAAUUUAUUGAAGGAGUUAAAUAAAAAUAUAUUAUGCAAGCAUAAUAAUAUUUUAUUCAUGGAGUUCAUUAAAUUUAGCAAUGAAGCUACGUGAAUAUAAUAUUCAAUUUAUUACAUAUCCGAAAUAAAUGCUGUUUACUGUCUUUUUCAUCUACAUGCCUGUUGUGUGAUGCUAACACUUAACAUAUCAUUAUACUAUGUUUGUAUAAUGCAAAUGAUGUCAUGUAAAUAUAUACACAGUUUUUACAUAGUCACACAAGUGGCACAGAUAUGUGAUAAAUGUAAUUUUGGAAGAAUUUUGUAAAGGGUUAUUAGAAACUACUAAAAUGGUUACCUUUCUGGAGCCUAAAGUGACUAGUCUAUGCUGCCAGUAUAGAGCCAGACUGACCUACAUACCUGUGUAGUCUGAACAGCUAAUAUAUAAUGUUGGUAGCUCAAUUUUUGUAUAUUCAUGAUGAUAAAAUCCCUAAAACUCUAGCUAGCAUCUUCAAUAGUUAGUUAUACUAAAAUAAAAAAAUCUGUGUAGUCAUUAGUUGAUAUGAUAGUAAAUAGAUAGUCUUAUUUUUGAAUAACUAUAUAUAUAUAUAUAUAUAGUCUUUGAUUUUUCCAAUUAAUUAGGCAUAUAAUUAUAAGUAUUGUGAUUUCCGCAUUUUAAGUUUGUUAAUAAAUAGCUCUAAAUAUAUCUAUAUUCUAAGUUAAAUUGAUUUAACGUUCAUUAUAUACAAUAAAAAAAUUUAACGUUUAAUGGCCUUUCAUUACGACAACAAUCAAAACAAAUAUAGUUCAUUAGGUUUUUCCUCAAUAUCUUAUACGAUCCCGGAUCCCGGCCAGUAAAUACAUACACUGAAUACCGGAAAGGAUAAAAUGACCGGAAAAAAGGAAAAAUAAAAAAUGCACAGAACCAGAUGUACACUUAUGUUAAUUAACCAAACGAAAACUUACUACAGAGAAAACAGGUGAAAUCGCUAAAUCAAAAGUCAGUGUAAAUAUGAUUUAUUGAAAAGAAUUCAUAAAGACAAACAUUUUAAUCAUCAUUAUAUCUUUGCGCUCAAAACAAUACUUGCUGAUUUUUAAAAAUGGCGUGAAAAUUGAAGGUUUUUUGACGCUAUGUAAGAUUAAAUUUGAUUGGCUAAAUAAUUUUGGAUCCUAGCCCUGAUAGAUAAAUUUUGUAGAAAGCUGGAAGCCAAGCUUCGAUUAAAUUUUUGGAUGGCUUCGGAGUUUUAGGUUGUUUCUCAGUAAAAUCCUAACGUAAUACCGGCUCGCCGUGGCGAGCCGGCAUGAUAACCCACUGUGUACUACAAAAUGAUAAAUAAAAAAAAACCGAAGAGACGGAAAUUGCAUUUGAAAAUGUUUGCAUUGCGAAAUCCUCCAGUUCGCUAUUCAUUGUACAUAUCGCGACAUUUCAUUUUUAGCAACCUCAUACCGAUUGGAAUGAUCGGCUUUUCUUAUGUCCGACUAACAGGCUCGAGAAGUUGCUGUCGCCCUUUCACAAAAUCUGAUUUCAUUCCAUAAAGGGGCGCCGCGCUUCGGCGCGGACGCCAAUUUAUUAUCACAGGAUGCUAAUAAACUGAUAUUAAUCAGCAACUUUUUAAUUGGUCAGAUGUCACUUGGGUCAUAAAAUGUUGUUAGAGUAUGUUAGCGCAACUUGUGACCCUCUCUGGUGCGAUAUUUGUGUAUUAUGCAAUUAUUUAAUUCGUAAAUGAUAUUGUUGACAAUAUAAAUACUAAUCUAGAUGGAUUAUUCACAUACGAAGAUUUAAUUUUAUUUUUAAUUUUAUACGCAGAUGAUCAGGUGUUAUUUGCAACAUCACCAGAAUCCUUACAAUCAAUGAUAAAUGAUAUUGAAAUAUAUUGUAAUACAUGGGGUCUAAAAAUAAAUACUUCAAAGACUAAGGUUAUGAUUUUUGAAAAAGGCAGUAGACAUACAAACUAUGAUUUUUACCUUUAUAAUACUCUACUAGAAAAUGUUACUUCUUUUAAAUAUUUAGGCGUACAUUUUUUCAAAAAUGCAAAUUGGAAUAGAACCCAAAAAUGUAUUGCAGAACAUGCAUCUAAAUCUUUACAUAAACUAUUUUCAAUUUUUGAUAAGUACGAUUUUUCUACGAGUGAAAAAAGUAAAUUGUUUGAUUCGCUAGUUGCUACUGUACUAAACUACUGUUCAGAAGUCUGGGGAAUGAAUGCAGGAACAGAUAUAGAACUUAUUCAUACAAAAUUCUGUCGAAAACUUUUAUAUGUUAAUAAAUCAACUAAUGCUACUGGUCUCUACGGAGAAUUAGGGAGAGUUCCUAUGAUUAUUUUUAGAAAGAUAAAUAUGAUAAGAUAUUGGAUCCAUUUACUGAAAUCAGACAACUCUUUGCAAAAACAAAUUUAUAUCAUGCUUAAGAAUGAUGCCAAUAAUAAUAUAACAUACAAUAAUUCAAAUUGGGCCUUUCAUAUAAAAACAAUGUUAAACAAUCUAGGACUUUCAAAUAAUGGAUAAAUCAAGAUAAUGGAAAUUUUACAUUUUUAGAAAUUAAACAAAGGAUAUUAGAUAAUUAUUAUCAAGCUUGGUAUGCAAACAUAAACAAUUCACAACGUUUACUUACUUACUGUAGGUUUAAACAAUCUUUUAACUUUGAAACAUAUUUAAAUUCAAUAAGUGAAAGGAAAUUUCGGAUUGCCUUAAGUAGAUUUAGAUUAUCUUCGCAUAAUUUAGAAAUAGAAAGAGGUAGAUAUCUUAAUAUAGAAAGAACUAAUAGAAUAUGUAAAUUUUGCAACCAAGAUAAUAUAAUUGAAGAUGAGUAUCAUUUUCUUCUUGUCUGCCCAAUAUAUCGAGAAAUAAAGAAAAAAUACUUCAAACCAUAUUUUUGUAGGUGGCCAACUCUUAAUAAAUUCGAUAGACUGAUGUCCACAGAUAAUGAAAGACAAUUGUUAAACUUAUCAAAAUAUAUAUUUUUUUCAAAUAAAUUAAGGAAUAGUUUAGAAAUUUGAUAAUUAUUAUAUUGGUAUCGAUUUAAAUUUACCUAUGUCAAACUAGUUUAUUUAUUGUGUAAGCUUCUCUAUGCAGAAAAUAUUUGAUUGCUAAUGAUUUCUCGUGUCAUUUGUCACCUUAUGUCAAAUGUAUAUUAUGGCUAAAAGCAUUUGUGUGUGUGUUGAGUUUAUUUACCCUCGCCACCGGUUAAAAACCAUAUGGGCGAGCAUAUGCUUCAUUUAUUAAAGGGAAAACACUUUAUUUAGUUAAUAUCUGCAUAUGUGACUAGUGAGUACAAUAUUUCCUGCCCCAACCAUGCAAAAUAAUUG